AUGAAGCCGGGUCAGAAGUGGUUCUGGCGGGACGGAACCGACCGGACCCAUCAGAACCAUGAGAUCUGUCUUCAGUCCGUCCCCAGUCUGUCCGAAGUCUGUCCCCAGUCUGUCUCCAGUCUGUCCGAAUCUGUCCCCAGUCUGUCCGAAGUCUGUCUCCAGUCUGACUCCAUUCUGUCUCCAUCUGUCUUCAGUCCGUCCCCAGUCUGUCCCCAGUCUGUCUCCAUUCUGUCCCCAUCUGUCCCCAGUCUGUCUUCAGUCCGUCCCCAGUCUGUCCCCAGUCUGUCCGAAGUCUGUCUCCAGUCUGUCUCCAUUCUGUCUCCAGUCUGUCCCCAGUCUGUCCGAAUCUGUCCGAAGUCUGUCCCCAGUCUGUCUCCAGUCUGCCCGAAGUGUUUCCCCAGUCUGUCCGAAUCUGUCCCCAGUCUGUCUUCAGUCCGUCCCCAGUCUGUCCCCAGUCUGUCCGAAGUCUGUCUCCAGUCUGUCCCCAGUCUGUCUUCAGUCCGUCCCCAGUCUGUCCCCAGUCUUCUGUCUUCAGUCCGUCCCCAGUCUGUCCGAAGUCUGUCCCCAGUCUGUCUCCAUCUGUCCAAAGUCUGUCCGAAGUCUGUCUCCAUUCUGUCCCCAGUCUGUCUCCAGUCUGUCUCCAUUCUGUCUCGAGUCUGUCUUCAGUCCGUCCCCAGUCUGUCCCCAGUCUGUCCGAAGUCUGUCUCCAUUCUGUCCGAAGUCUGUCUCCAUUCUGUCCCCAGUCUGUCUUCAGUCCGUCCCCAGUCUGUCCCCAGUCUGUCUGAAGUCUGUCUCCAUUCUGUCCCCAGUCUGUCUCCAGUCUGUCUUCAGUCCGUCCCCAGUCUGUCCCCAGUCUGUCCGAAGUCUGUCUCCAGUCUGACUCCAUUCUGUCUCCAGUCUGUCCCCAGUCUGUCUUCAGUCCGUCCCCAGUCUGUCCGAAGUCUGUCCCCAGUCUGUCUCCAUCUGUCCAAAGUCUGUCCGAAGUCUGUCUCCAUUCUGUCCCCAGUCUGUCUCCAGUCUGUCUCCAUUCUGUCUCGAGUCUGUCUUCAGUCCGUCCCCAGUCUGUCCCCAGUCUGUCCGAAGUCUGUCUCCAUUCUGUCUCCAGUCUGUCCCCAGUCUGUCUUCAGUCCGUCCCCAGUCUGUCUGAAGUCUGUCUCCAUUCUGUCCCCAUUCUGUCCCCAGUCUGUCUCCAGUCUGUCCGAAGUCUGUCCCCAGUCUGUCUCCAUCUGUCCAAAGUCUGUCCGAAGUCUGUCUCCAUUCUGUCCCCAGUCUGUCUCCAGUCUGUCUCCAUUUCUGUCUCCAGUCUGUCUUCAGUCCGUCCCCAGUCUGUCCGAAGUGUGUCUCCAUUCUGUCCCCAGUCUGUCUCCAUUCUGUCUCCAGUCUGUCCCCAGUCUGUCUUCAGUCCGUCCCCAGUCUGUCCCCAGUCUGUCUCCAGUCUGUCCCCAGUCUGUCUCCAUUCUGUCUCCAGUCUGUCCCCAGUCUGUCUUCAGUCCGUCCCCAGUCUGUCCGAAGUCUGUCUCCAUUCUGUCUCCAUUCUGUCCCCAGUCUGUCUCCAUUCUGUCCGAAGUCUGUCUCCAUUCUGUCCCCAGUCUGCCCGAAGUGUUUCCCCAGUCUGUCUCCAUUCUGUCCGAAGUCUGUCUCCAGUCUGUCUUCAGUCCGUCCCCAGUCUGUCCGAAGUCUGUCUCCAUUCUGUCCCCAGUCUGUCUCCAGUCUGUCUCCAUUCUGUCCCCAGUCUGUCUUCAGUCCGUCCCCAGUCUGUCCGAAGUCUGUCUCCAUUCUGUCCCCAGUCUGUCUCCAGUCUGUCCCCAGUCUGUCUGAGGAGGAAGAGGAGCAGGUUCUCCUCUGCGGCUCCAGACCAGCAAGGUUUGUGUCACUGUGGGAACCUUCUGCAGGAAUUCAGCUCCAGUUGCCAUAGAAACUGGGAUUCUA